UGGAAGGGUGGGCAAAGGUUUUCUCCACGGCGACAGUAGUUUCGUUGGCAGCGCGUGCGGGCUGCGUUCAAACAGCCGCAGGAAGAUGAUUCCCUCUGCGCGAUGGGGCAAUCUUCUGAGGAGGGUGGGGAGGCAGCGAGGAGGAGGAGGAGGAGGAGGAUGUGGAGCGAUCAGGCAUCUGGUGGAGCGACACGUGUCAGCCUCUCUGAGCCAGAAUGUGAUCAAGCAGGGAGGAUCAUCGUGCACGUACCACGUGGCAGCAGUCGGGGCGGCAGUCUCGGGCCGCGAUCCGGACCGAGUUAUGGCGCCACAGGCGAUCGGAUCCACGUGGCUGCGUAUGCCGCUCGUACGGUCAGAUGGGGGUCUUGAGAAGAUCCCGACUGCCGUGGGAGCAGCGAACGAGGUCGGUGCGAUGGCCUUUCCCGCGUUUCCCGCUCGGCACAUCUCAUCCGCAGGAGUGCGCCAAAUUUUCUCCUCCUCCUCCUCCUCCCCCUCCUCCUCCCCCUCCUCCCCCUCCUCCCCCUCCUCCCCCACGUCGCGCGACUCGCACCGUGAAUCGGGAUCUUCAAGCGCCGACGAUUCGUCGAAGAAGAAGCAGACGGAAUUGGCGGGAAGUGAGGGCGAUUCUGGCGGGAAAGCAGCAGAGGGGCAGGAAAGCGCGGGAAAUGAGCAGCAGCAGGAGUCGUCGAGUUCAAGUUCGACGCCGCCGAUGGGAAGGUCCCUCCGCAGCGGGCCUGUGACCUGGGGAAGCUUGGCCCUCCUCCUUGUGACAGGUGGCGGCAUUCUGUGGUACUACGACAGAGAGAAGAAGCGCCGACUGGCUGAGGUGAAGUCCGGACCGGGAGUCGGGAUCCCUGCCAUCGGGGGCCCUUUUACACUUGUUGAUCACAACGGAAAACCAGUGACGCAAAAAGAUUUCCAAGGCGAUGGACAAUUCAAGGUGGUGUACUUCGGAUUCACGUUCUGUCCCGACAUCUGCCCGGAGGAGUUGAGGAAGCUAGCGACGGCCGUCGAUCUGGUGCAGAAGAAGGGCAAGGUGGACGUCAGACCGAUCUUCGUCUCGGUGGAUCCCGAGCGGGACACACCGGAAGCGGUCAAAGAGUACGUGAAAGGAUUUCAUCCGAAGAUGAUUGGCCUGACCGGGACAACGGAGGAGGUGAAGGCGGUGGCCAAAGCCUAUCGAGUGUAUUAUAUGAAGACGGAUGAGAAGGACGAUGCGUAUAUGAUCGACCACUCCAUUGUGAUGUACUUGAUGGAUCCAGACAUGAAUUUCGUGAAAUUUUUUGGCAAGAACUACUCCGCCGAAGAGCUGGCUGAUGGAAUUAUCAAGGAGAUCCGUGCGUGGAGGAAGGCGGCGUAGAUCCAUUGAAGAAAAUUCAAAAGGGUGUAGAUUAGACCGG